AUGUCGAAAGCCAAGUGUGAUCAUUCAUCUCUCCGCUUUUCCCCGUCUUCACAUGCAUCUGGGGGGCAUUACAAACGUCCAAGCCAGCGACAGCGAGUUUCCGCAACAAAGUCAAAUGCUCGAGCCUUCGCGAGGAACGACAAACUAUUUCUCGAUGAGGAUCCGCUGGCUUUCCCUGCUCCUCUGAUUCUCCCCGGUGACGAUCUCGCUGAAGAGGCAGAGGAAGCCCAAAGCUUUCAGGAAUGGGUUGAUGGAGAGACACGCAAUCCAGUCACCGCGAAGAGAAAGACUCUAUAUGUGGUGCCCUCUCCUCGAAUUGACCCCAGUCUCGAAUUUGUGCGAGAAUGGCAAAAGCCAAAGGUUUCCACUAACAAGUGUCAAAUAGACACUCCCAACAUAGAGGAGAUCAAAGACUAUCUGGCAGCCUUCUACCAUGGCCUGCCUGUCAAAGUGAUGCCCCCGUCUAGAUCGCGCAUCAUCCCUUGGGAUGAACCCAAAUCAAAAUCACGAAAGAAUGCUCGGCAACAAUACCUUGGACUCAAUAUCGGAGACGAAUGUGUGCGAAUCCGUGCACGCACUCGCUCAAAUGAAAUAUACGGGGGGCAGCUUAACUUGGACGAUCUUCUUGAUGCGGCCAUCAGCAUUCUGCCGAAAGAUGCUUAUGCUUUGAUAAUGCUCGUGGAUUUUGAUCUUUACGAGGACGAGGACGAUGAGUUCGUCUGCGGGCGUGCAUAUGGCGGAAGUCGAGUUGCAGUGGUCUCCAGCGCAAGAUACAACCCCGGCCUGGAUAGCAUCCAACAGAUCGAGCGCCUCCAUGCCUGGCCCGCCUCGCAUUGCGCGGAAUACAUGGCAUCAUGCGUCUCGGCAGAGCCAGUUUUGAAGAAACAAAAGACACGCACCAAUGACAAAGCUUCGGACAAUUCGGGGCCAACACUUGACGGCCCUAUGAAAGAUGCAGUGCUAGCCUACAAACGUCUUCCGAGUGUGGAUUCUGCUCCUCCUUUGGCGUAUGCGCUUUGGUUGGGUCGGAUGUGUCGGACAGCAAGUCACGAGCUGGGUCACUGUUUCGGUAUUGCCCAUUGUGUGUAUUAUGCGUGCUCGAUGCAGGGGACCGCAUCCAUUUGCGAGGAUGCCAGACAGCCAGCUUAUCUUUGUCCAGUGGAUCUUGCUAAGCUUUUGGGUGCCACCGGGAGCUCUGCGGCUGAGCGUUAUGAGGCCCUUCUGGCAUUCUGCGAACGGCCUGGGAACUUGGACACCCAUUUUUUUGGGCCGUUUGCUGCAUGGAUUCGGUCCAGGCUCUACCUAUCAGAUGGAUGA